CACGAAGCUGCGCGGAACUAAAAACUAAAGGUCGGGCAAGUAAAGAGAAAGUAAAGUGAAAGUGAAGAGCCAGGCCUUCUUCAAAGAAAGUGGAUCUAACCUUCUUCAUAGAGGAUGUCUUCUUCACCACCAGGUCCACGUUAAACUUCCCCUUCCGCAUUUUUUGUCAGCUGGAUUCAGAAAUGGCACACAUGUGCAGAAUCCUUUUGCAUUGGUUUUUGAUAACGGGUUGCAUUGUAGAGGCCAUUGAACCCAUAUCAGUAGCCAUAGGUGCCGGCGUCACUGCGAUCAUCGGUGGGCUCAUCGAAUAUAACAGACCACGAGACGAACCACCACCACUCGAAACCUGUGAUGACAGUUGGAUCAAAUCUGACCCAUCUAAUCUGGAGCAGGCCUUGACUAAAAGGCUCUUUGGGCAACAUAUAGCAUCACGUUUAAUCCUGAAAAUGGUGACUGGAAACAUGAACAACCCAAACCCUGAUAAACCACUGGUGCUCUCCUUGCACGGCUGGUCCGGCACAGGGAAGAACUUUGUGGCCCAGAUGAUUGCAGAGAGCAUCUACUACGAAGGCUUGGAGAGCAAAUUUGUUCAUGUUGUCUCAGCCACUAAACACUUUCCCCACCAGAAUCAUCUAGAAACAUACAAAGACUGGCUACAGGAGCGGGUGGAAAACAGUGUCAGAAAUUGUCCUCGUUCUUUGUUUAUAUUUGAUGAGAUGGACAAAAUACAACCUGAUCUGAUCGACAGCAUUAAGCCACACCUGGAUUACCACAACAAUCUGGAUGGGGUUUCUUAUAGAAAGGCCAUCUUCCUUUUUCUCAGUAACUCAGGAGGGCAGAUUAUCAACGAGGUAGCUCUGGACUUCAGGAACAACGGCCGGGACAGAGAAGAGAUCCAGCUGGAGGAUUUGGAAACGCCAGUCUCACUCUGGAUUUUCAACAACAAUCAGAGUGCUUUCUUUCGUGCCAGUGUCAUUGACAAGAACCUGGUGGAUGCCUUAGUGCCUUUCCUUCCUUUGGAGUUCAAGCAUGUGGUUCAGUGUGUCCUGGCCGCGAUGGAAUCCAGAGGUAUAGAGCCAGACCAGAAUGUGGCUAAACGCAUGGCACAAGCCAUGACCCAUGGGAGCAUUUAUUCCACACAAGGCUGCAAGACCAUCUCCAAUCGACUGGAGUACUAUAUCUAAUACCCUCAGUGGAGGUGUUGACUGUAGAAAGUGACUUUGUUUUCGUAAGGGGAGCUUAUAUAUUGUCUUUCUUUUCUUGCUUUUUAAAAUAUUUUGAGGGGUAUUUAUGCCUUUAUUUUCAUAGGUCAGUGUGAAAUGUGAAUGUAUGUACAGUAUGUACUACUGUAUGUGUGUGAAUUCAGUGAAUAAUGAAGGUGUAUUGGCUUGAAAAAGAAAAUACCAUAUAAUAUGUGUAUGUCUUUGAUAAAUAAUCAGAUUUACUACCUCAUUUUUCACAGUGAAGUAUCACUGGAAAGAUGCACCACAGCACUAUGAGCAAGGUUGAUGAGCAAAUUCUCGACAAACGUCCACAAUAACAUGCCCAGUUCUGCUUUUGAUGAACAGUGAUUAUUAUGAGUUGGAUUAAAUAUCCCUGUCCCUUUUUAA